UGCCGACCGCAGCAUGAGACGCUCCUUGCUUCGAGCCGCUGCGGAGCCAUUGAAGCUCUACCAGUAUGCCAUUUGUCCAUUUUGCAACAAGACCAAGGCUGCGUUGGAUUUCUUGAAGGUGCCAUAUGAAUCUGUGGAGGUGGACCCUUUGACGCGUUCUCAAAUCAAGUUUUCCAAGGACUACAAGAAGGUGCCCAUCGCCGUGUUUGCCGAUGGGACGGUGGUGGGUGAUUCCACCAAGAUUGUGGACAAAGUGGCUGGAUCCGAGGGAACCUUGAAGAAUGCGGGAGUGGAUGCAAACCAUUUCUUGAGCGAUGAGGCUCGCAAGUGGAACACUUGGUGCGACGACAAGUUCGCAGUUUGCGUGUAUCCGAACAUCACCCGAAGCGUGUCGGAGUGCUGGACAGCUCUCGGAUACCUGCAAAAGUGUCCUGAAUUUUCACUUCCACGUGCUGUGGCUACUCGCGCUGUGGGCGCAUUAGGCAUGGCGGCGGCACAUGGCAAGAUCAAGAAGAAGUAUGGCAUGGAGAAUGAGCGCGAUGCUCUCUUCACAGCCGUUGAUGCCUGGACUGCAGAAGUUGGCAGCAAAGCAUUUCGUGGUGGCGACAAGCCGGACCUGUCGGAUCUGGCCGUCUUCGGAUGCAUUCGAGGAAUUUCGGAUCUCCCCCUCCAUGCGGAGAUGGAAGCCCACAAGGCCUUCGGACCUUGGUUCAAGAGAGUCACAGAGGUGCUACAGACUAAGCUUGGGACCUGAACAGCCGGAUGAGAAUGGCAAGGGCUGCAAGGACCAAUUUUGUCAACAGAAUUGAUGCGCGUUUUGGCUGCGACAGCGCAGACUUGCCAAUUUUCGAGCACUGAAAACAUCUGAAAACUCUUGCGAGAGAGUUUCAAUGAGAGAGCUCUGGCUGUACAGGGAAAAGUGUAGUGCGGCUCUGUUGCUAUGGGAGUGCAGGAACUGGAACUGGCUUUCCAUUUUUCUUCAUGCUGAAUAGUGCUGAAAUGACAUGUUUUCUGAGGCUGCUGCACCUAGAAGCUGCGAAGAGCUGCGCCAGUUUCCGUGAAAAAGUCAGUCGUCACUGUGACAUGGAAUGGGGGUUCUCCAGCAAAAAUGGGAUUUGUUUGGUAUUUCA